UAAGAAUAUUAUUUUUAACGAUAUUGAUGUGAGUACAAAGGUGGAGAGAACGUAAUUAUUUUGACUUUAUUUAUAUUCUUAAAUGAAUGGAACUAUUAAUAAUGAGUACUUUAUAUUAGUACCUAAAUGAACUACCUGUCUUAUUAUUUUGAGACAUUAUUUUUUGAUAAAACUAGAUAAUGCCUAUUGAAGACGAACCAUAAAAGAGAAAGUAUACAUCAAACUUUCUAUACCAACAACUAUUGAAGAUCAAAAUUUCUAAAUCAAAUUAGAACAUUUUAAAAGAGCUAAUUGUCUUAAUUCGUUACUAUUGAAGCC